AGAGGGAGGGAGGGAGGGAGGAUGGGGGAGAGCUCUGAUGGCAGAGUGUUGGUGACACUCACUUUUCUGGUAACUUGUACCGUGUGGAUCAGUGAGAGCGCAUCUCAGAGGGUCUACUACUCGUGUGGGGCUGUAGUGGACUCCGACACCCAAGGUAUCAUCCUGUCUCCCGGCUUCCCCAACAACUAUUCCCCAGGCACGCACUGCGUGUGGCAGUUCUUUAUCCCAGCCGGAGCCCAGCUGCUGUUGGACGUGUUUGAGUUUGAUGUGUUCGCGAGCCCGAGUGACGGGAGAAUCCCUCUGGAAGACUUCCUGCCCUCCGCUGGCACCCACAGCCCACAGGCCGCUCUAGAUUUGGCAGAGAAUGGAGACGUGGAGGAGGAGAGCAGAGAGAGCAACCAGACCUCCUCCACCACCGUCGCUCACACUGCGAGAAAACCCACCCGAGGGGGGAAAAUGAAGGUGUGGUUUAACCAGACCAUCAUGGAUUCUAACUGGAAACCUUCAGGUGGGAACCGGCAGGAAUUAGCCACGGCCAAAUCCAACCGAAAGCUUGAGGACCAAGAGGUGGUGGUUCAGGAACAGUCCACAAAGCUGGAGAUGGUCAAGACUUCAAAGCCACCAUCCGAUCAUCUCUCAGUGACUGUUUCUCCCCUCGACGUUUUGGACAUGAACGACUCUGUGAAGCCGAUCUUGAGUUGGCCCUCGCCACAUGCUGACAUUAAAGGCGAAGACUUGGACCCCCGUCACAACAGCAAGAGACUGAGACCCCAGACCGACCACCUCCCCGAGGAGCAAGGCCAACAGGGUUUAAGUGACUCGACAGUGAGUGAGGUCGAGAGUUCAGUCACUCCACCUCCGUCUCUCGACGUCUGUCCCAACGACGUGCUGUACAUCUCUGACCUGAUCACCUUCUCCUCUCGCUUCUGUGGCUCAAACUCCCCCAUGAAUCAGACGCUGAGGUUCGGCUCCUCUCUGGAGAUGAUUGAGGUCGUCAUGGAGUUAAUCACCACCACCGAUCGUGGCCGGGGCUUUGUACUGCUUUACCAGUUCCAAGCCAUGGGAGGUGUUGAUAUUCACACGGUUAUCAAACACGCAGACAGAGAUAACCUAAUACUCACUUCGGUGAUUGGCGGGGCUGUUCUCUUCACUGUAGUCCUUCUCACCGUGCUCUGUCUCGCCCGCAGACAAAAGGUUUGUUCCAAAGGGAUUUCCUCCCGAGGCCAUGAGAACGGGAUUCAGAACUCGGCCGCUGACAUCAGUGAGCUGCAGCUUGUGGUGGCAAACGGAACCAGUCAGGAGCUUUCCACGGAAAACGAAAACAACAAUCACAGUGUCAGUCUGGAGCGUGUGGGUAAUUCUGUCCACACUGAAAUGGAAGUCACCUCCACCGUGUCCGCAGUGACCGAGUCGGGAAGCGAUGAGGUGUUUGUUAUUUCAGCCGGACCUGGCCUGGGAACAUUGCAUUUCUCCAGCUUUAAAACAAAGAACCCCAGGAACCUAAAGAGAAGUGUGACGAGUCCUGCCACUGUGUGUGACUGCCUGAUGCCGGAGACGGUGGGGGGGCCAGAGCAGAUGCUCAAUAAACACAAGGCGGAGGAUGGCCAGGGAUCCCCGCCCAGACCCAGAGCGUGGAGUGUCCGCACUUUCCAGGACUUCCUGGCGCCGUUACCACAGCUGAGAAGAGAAUGGCGGAGCUGGACCACAGCCAGUCCCUUCACCAAACUAGUGGAGAACAGUGGCACGGACCGUUUACGAGGGGACGGGCAGCCAGAGAUUAACCGGAAAGUUCUGUCUGACGUGCAGCUGGAAGCGAAAGGCGAGUAUCUGUGUUCCUCCUCAGGGAGCACGGCCUCCUACCCUCUCACUCAGUCUGCCCACUGCCAACGCAAGCUCCUCACACCUACCAACCUCAAGAGAACCUGGUUUGGAAGUCCCUGCUUUGGCUUCCAGCCCAGCUCCCCCCAUCGGGCCAAACCGAGAGAGCCUGCAACUCACCCCGGCCCCGCAAGGCAGGCCCUCCCUCAAUACGAGUCUCACAGCCCAGGGCACAAGGUCCCAGCAGAGAGCGCCACACCUUACACUGCAGAAGGUCUCCAGACUGACCCAGCCCAAGGCAGGGACCUGGCGACUGACACCGACAGAACAAAUGUCACCAAACCAGUUUUUGUCAUCUCGGAGGAGAGCGACGCUCAACAGCCUUUGGUACUCGGUCCAGGACACGUGGGUCAGUUUAGCGACUGCGCCCAUUUUGAGACCAACAGAAGCAGCAAAGCUUCGGAUGCCCACGGACAGAAGGGUCCGGUCAACAGGUCGGAAUCGAGCCUGACCCCCAACACUGGUGCGUGGAUAAACUGCCUGACGCCUCGCGUAGGCUCAGCCAAACCCAGCAGUGCCUCGCUCACAGAGACGGGUGGACUCCAGCCACCCUGCUCAUAUACUGCUCCAUCUCCAACCCUGGCCAGCACCACACUGCGGGCAGAGACAGCACCCACACACAGCCUGGCCUGUCAACACAUCCAAUAACAUUCUGCUUCUCCACGCUCACCACAAGACACUGUAGCACUGAUGAAUUUCACCCACAAACUGUACAGUCACCACACUUCACAGUACAUUUCUUUGAAGCACUUUGAGAUGUCUCAGCGAUGUGAUCAGGUGCUGUUCAAAUGCAAGGAUUAUUAUCAACAUGUGUCAUUUUGACGACUGACUGACUGUCCCACAGACUCGUGUCAGCUCAUCUGCAGACAGGUUUCAGGAUGUAUUUUUGAGAAGGAGCAUCUCUGUUCCCAAAUGAUGUAAAAUUUCCGUUUAAAUGUAAAAAAACAACAAAAUCAUAGUCCUCGAUCUUUAUACUAAUGCUGUGUAAUUGUGACUUGUAUAUUUUGGUUAAAUUGCUGUACUUUGCAGUUACACCAUGUUUAUUUCCAGCAUCUGUUGUUUUUUUUAAACGGAUAUAAACUGAAUGAUGUGCAUUUGACCUGACCCUCUGCCUCACAAACACAAAAAAAAGUCAGUCUUGUCCUCUGGAAACUUGUGUCCCUGAUUUAAAUAGUGGCUCACAAGCUCCUGUUAAAGUGGUCAGGUUCAAACCCAACACCAAUGGAGGCUACGGACGUGAGAAGAGGCACGGAGACGGUUUAUAGUUUAGAUCCAUGAGCAGCCUGGACCCCAGUGCGAAACAAAUGUCAGCCGCGAUAAUGCAAUCAAUAAAGAGUUUCCACUGAA